AUGGGAGGAACUGAAACUGAACCCCACUACACACUGCGGACGCACCGCACCGGCGACAUGGGCUGGAUCACCUACCGCCAUGGAGUGCUUUAUAACGCUGAGCACGGAUGGGGCGAGCGUUUCGAAGCCCUUGUCGCCGAGGUCACGGUUGAUUUCAUCAAGAAUCUGGAUACGAGUUGCGAACGAUGCUGGAUUGCAGACCGAGAAGGCGAGUUCCUCGGGUGUGUCAUGCUCGUGAAAGACCGCUCCGCUGAUCAAAACACAGCGAAGAUUCGGCUGCUCUUGGUCGAGCCCAGUGCGAGGGGCCUCGGACUUGGACGGGUUCUUGUCAAACAGUGCGUGCAGUUUGCACGCGAAGCGGGAUAUUCUCGAGUUGUGCUGUGGACGCAGAGUACGCUGACUGCUGCGCGGCGGAUAUAUAAGAGCGAGGGAUUCGAGCUGGUCAAGGCCGAGGAGCAUGAUACUUUUGGGAUCAAAAUGUUGGGAGAGCUUUGGGAGCUGGCUUUCUAA